AUGGAGUUUUCCCUCGUCCAUACCAUCAGUCCAGGUGGCACUUAUGAUGCUCAGAUCAAGGUUAAUAUGACGAAGGGUUCGACACCGUCACAAGCAACUGGCUCUUGGGCUUUCACCUGGACCGAUGAUACACAUCCUGCCGCGAAUCUCGAACUUAAGGUCUCGAACAAUGAUGCGGAUAAGAUCUCGAUCAAUGCGGAGCUUCUCAGUAUUGUGACAAUAGGCCACAAGAAAGGCUCCCAAGUUGAGAUCGCCCUAAAGGAUGAUCAAUGGUCCCCAUUCAUCCUGGUGGGCGAUGAGGAUCACCUGGCAGGAAAUAGUCCUUCCACUGCCUGGAUGGCAACCAGUCUAGAUCAGAUUGGAUGCUUGACUCUCCAGCAGAUGACUAUUCCUGGCUCUCAUGACGCUGGAAUGUCCGAGAUCAAUUUUCCAGCAGGCGGCACUCCCACCAACUCGCAAACUCAAUCGGAUGGCAUUUAUAACCAACUGAUCGCCGGUAUACGGUAUUUCGAUAUCCGCCCUACUAUAUCAAACGCCCAUUUCUUCACUGGUCACUAUACUGGCCAGUUCGGCGCGAAUGGGCAAUCCAUAGCUGAUGUAAUAUCAGAUAUCAACGCGUAUCUCGCGCUCCCACAGAGCGAGCUCAUUAUUCUGGAGUUGUCUCACACUUCAAUGACCGACGAGCAGUAUCAGCCAUUCAAUGAUGCACAGUGGAAUAGUCUUCUGUUUCAACUCUAUUCAGAUUUGAAUCAUCUCUACACAGGCCAUGGUGAUGACAUUCUCACUAAAAUUCCCCUUAGAGAUUUCAUCAAGGAUGGCCCCGCGGUUGUGGUCGUUACCAAUGAAAGAGACACUAAUUGGCUACGAGAUCACAAGUUUCUUAAUCGCGGAUUCUAUUCCAGUAAGGGAAAUUCCAACCAGUUUCCCACCUAUAAUUCCUAUUCGGACACAAACAUCACGGAGACCAUGCGUAAGGAUCAAUACAACAAACUCGUGAAACAGAACAGUAGUCCCGACAACAAGGAUCAGCUCCAUGUGCUCUCCUGGACACUUACUCAAGACAAGGGUGACAUUUUCAAUGAUGCCCAUAGCAUCAGGGUUCUUGCGAACCUCGCGAAUGGUCAUCUCGCUGAAGUGGGCAGCGAUAUCGCGAACACCGGGCCUAUAUCUUGGGCAACGAAGACGAAGCCACCGAAUAUUAUCCUCAUCGACAAUGUGUCUCGCGACCUGUUCCUUGUCUCUAUGACGCUCGGGUUGACUAGGUUCUACAAUAAGCCCUGCUCCUGA